AUGGGCCGCGCCUGGGCGUCGCUGCGCAAGCCGCGCUGGGGCUUCCAGACCGCGCGCCACUCGACGGCCGUCGCCACCGAGCCCGCGAAGGCGUCCGCGCCGCCCGCGCACCCGGCCUUCAGCCUCGUGCGCUCCGAGACCAUCGACGAGUACGGCGCCGUCUGCCACGUCUACGAGCACGUCGCGUCCAAGGCCCAGGUGCUCUCCGUCGUCGCGGACGACGACAACAAGGUCUUCGGCAUCACGUUCCGCACUCCGCCGCGCGACUCGACGGGCCUGCCCCACAUCCUCGAGCACAGUGUGCUCUGCGGGAGCAAGAACUACCCGACGAAGGAGCCCUUCGUCGAGCUGCUCAAGGGCUCGCUGCAGACGUUCCUCAACGCCUUCACGUACCCGGACCGGACGUGCUACCCCGUCGCGUCGCAGAACCUCGAGGACUUCCGGAACCUGGCGCGCGUCUACCUCGACGCCGUCUUCUACCCGCGCGCCGCCUCCGACGAGACCGUGCUCCAGCAGGAGGGCUGGCACUACGAGGUCGACGGCGACUCGAAGCUCACGUACUCGGGCGUCGUGUACAACGAAAUGAAGGGCGUCUACUCGUCCCCGGACUCGCUCAUGCAGCGCGCGGCGCAGCAGGCCCUCUUCCCGGACAACGCCUACGGCGUCGACAGCGGCGGCGACCCCAACGCCAUCCCGGACCUCGACUUUGCCCAGUUCCAGGCGUUCCACGGCGAGUUCUACCAUCCGACGAACUCGCGCAUCUUCUUCUACGGCGACGACGACCCGCUGGAGCGCCUGGAGCUGCUCGACGAGUACCUCUCGGACUUUGUGGAGCGCAAGGGCGACACGGAGGUCGCCACCCAGAAGAUCACGUUCGCCGAGCCAAAGAAGAUCGUCGAGAAGUUCCCCGCGUCGCCCGGCGACGACGGCCCGGGCGGCGCGCACAUGGUCUCCGUGAACUGGCUCCUGGCGUCGGAGCCCAUGAGCCCCAAGGACGAGCUCGGGUUGGGCGUGCUGGACCACCUGUUGCUCGGCACGUCGACGUCGCGCCUCCGCAAGGCGCUGACGGACAGUGGCCUCGGCGAGUCGGUCAUCGGCGGGGGCCUCUCCGACGAGCUCAAGCAGCCGACCUUCGCCGUGGGGUUGAAGGGCGUCGAGGCGGAGAACGUCGAGAAGGUCGAGGCGCUCGUCGUGGACACGCUCAAGGCCAUCGAGGCCGAGGGCUUCGAUCCCGCGGCUCUGGCGGCGUCGAUGAACACGAUCGAGUUCGGCAUGCGCGAGUUCAACACGGGCUCCUUCCCCAAGGGGCUGAGCUUCAUGCUCGGCAUGAUGCGCAACUGGAUCUACGACCGCGACCCGGUGGAGGCGCUGCGCUUCGAGGCGCCCCUCGCGGAGCUCAAGAAGGAGCUGGCGGACGACGCGGACGCGUACUUUGCGGGUUUGAUCUCGAAGCUGCUGACGUCGAACACGCACCGCGUCACGGUGGAGAUGCGCCCCGACGAGACUCUGGAGGAGACGCAGAAGGCCGAGGAGGCCGGCCGCCUCGCCGCGAUCCGCGACGACAUGUCGCCCGAGGACUUGGCGGCCGUCGAGGCGACGGCCGCGGCGCUCAAGGAGAAGCAGAUGUCGAGCGACGACCCGGAGGCCCUGGCGACGAUCCCGACGCUGGGCAAGGCGGACCUGACGCGCGAGGUGCGCACGAUCCCGCGCACGGAGGGCCUCGUCGACGGCGAGAAGGUCGUGCUUCUGGAGCGCGAGCUCGCGACGGCGGGUAUCGUGUACACGGAGAUGGCGCUGGACCUGCGGUCCGCGCUGGACGCCGACGAUUUGCCCUACGUGCCCCUCUUCGCGCGCAUGCUCCUGGAGACGGGCGUCGCGGGCAAGUACGACCCCGUGGGCCUCCAGCGCGCCAUCGGGGCGAAGACGGGCGGCGUGUCGGCGUCGAUCAUGAACACGCUCAAGGUCAGCGCGGACGGCGCCAUCGGCGACCCGGACGACCUCGUCUACCGUUUGGUGCUCCGCGGCAAGGCGACGCACGAGAACGCGGGCGAGCUCUACGAGCUCAUGGGCGACGUGCUCCUGGGCGCGGAUUUCGCGUCCGCCGAGAAGCGCGUCGUCGAGAUGCUCAAGGAAUCCAAGGCGCGCUACGAGUCGGCCUUCCGCACGUCGGGCCAGUCCUUCGCGUCCGCGCGCAUCUCCGCGACGCUGUCCCUGCCCGCGCUCGUCUCCGAGCUCACGUCGGGCGUGAGCCACUACGAAUCGGUGCUCGCGAUGCUCGAGGAGGCCCAGAGCGACUUCCCGGCGCUCCUGGCGAAGCUCGAGGCCAUCCGGUCCAAGGUGCUGGCCACGGCGCGCGACACGGCGGUGAUCAACCUCACGGGCGACGCCAAGGCGCUCGCCGCGGCCAAGCCCGAGCUCGCGCCCCUGUGCGCGAAGCUCCCCGCGGCGGCCGACGCCGCGGCGAAGCCGGACUGGUCGUCCCUCGCGGCGAAAGCGCCGGCGCUCAACGAGGGCUUCGCCGUGCCGACGCAGGUCAACUACGUCGCCAAGGGCGGCCGCCUCUACGGCGUCGGCGAGAAGCCCGCGGGCUCCGACUCCGUCGUCCGCCGCUUCCUGAGCCUCGACUUCCUCUGGAACAAGGUCCGCGUCAUCGGCGGCGCCUACGGCGGCUCCUGCGCCUUCAACCCCAUCUCCGGCGCCUUCGUCUUCUCCUCCUACCGCGACCCGAACCUCAAGGCGACGCUCGACAACUACGACGCCGCGGCGGCCUGGAUGGACGAGUUGGUCGUCGACGACGCGGAGCUCACCAAGGCCGUCGUCGCCGCCAUCGGCGACUUGGACGGCCCCAUGACGCCGGACACGCGCGGCUUCGUGAGCCUGAGGCACUACCUCGACGGCACGACGGACGAGCUCCGCCAGCAGUGGCGCGACGAGGUCCUCGCCGCGACGCCGGAGGACUUCAAGGCCUUCUCGACGCGCCUCAAGGCCAUGAUGGCCGACGCCAAGAGCUCCGUCUUCGCGUCCGCGGCCGCAUUCGACGAGGCCAACGCCGAGCUCCCGGACGCGGACAAGCUCUCCGUGACGAACCUCCUCUAGGGAAACUCAAGCAUACGAUGUGUACACAGCGCCGAAUCCGAAACAUAAUUGGCGCCUU